AUGUUUGAGAAGCUUGUGAAUCGGCUUCGUGACUUGAAGAUUGGCAGAGAUUUCGAAGAUGCUCUGCAUUGGGAGGUGGACCAAGUAGACUCAUCACCAUUCACAGCCAAAAUCAAGCAGGCUGCUCCACCAAAGAGAUUCUCAACGCCAUCUUUCACUCACUUCAAAGGGGAUUUCGAUCUUCAGAGCCAUCUGAAGCAUGCACUUCAAAAGUGUUAUGAUUCUCUACAAGGCCAAAGACGCGCUAAUAUGCAAGCUUUCGUCUUUACCAAGGAGUACACUUCUUAUUGGACGAUCAAGAAGAACCCUAACCACCUAUUCAACCUGCCCAAGAAGCACAAUGAGUCUCUCCGAGACUAUAUCAAGAUAUUCAAAAUAGAAAAGGCAAACAUCGUAGGGUGCGAUGACCAAAUCGCAUCCUCAGCCUUCAAGAAAGGUUUGCCGGCUGAGCACAAUUUAUACUGCGAGUUAACUAUCACUCCCAGCCAAACUCUAGUAGAGGUCUUCGCAACCGAGGAACGCUACACGCUCUGGGAUGAUGAUCGAAUCGCAGGGAAAAAGUCUACCAAGCAGGCCGAUUAA